ACCUGGUGGUCGAAGCUACAAACUACCUCCAGUGGCUCAGGGAAGAAAGCCAUCCAAUCAGAGGCGGAGAAUCCGAGUACAAAUACGACGUCACGUCCGCCCAGGACCCUCUUUUCUCCGUGUAGUCAGACUUCUAUACGGCGUUGUUUCGUGUUUUCCCAUAUAAAUCGUAACCCAGGGAAAGCGGUCACGAUGUCCGGAGGUCUAGAUGUGCUUCAGAUGAAGGAGGAGGAUGUGCUCAAGUUCCUGGCAGCAGGAACACAUCUGGGAGGAACCAACAUGGACUUCCAGAUGGAGCAGUAUGUGUACAAGAGGAAGAGUGACGGUGUGUACAUCAUCAACCUGAAGCGUACCUGGGAGAAGCUGCUGCUGGCGGCCAGGGCCAUCGUAGCCAUCGAGAACCCCGCCGACAUCUGCGUCAUCUCCUCCAGGAACACUGGGCAGAGAGCCGUGCUGAAAUUCGCCUCGGCCACCGGCGCCACCACCUUCCACGGCCGCUUCACCCCCGGAACAUUCACCAAUCAGAUCCAGGCGGCCUUCAGGGAGCCCCGCCUCCUGAUCGUGACGGACCCCCGUGCCGACCACCAGCCCCUGACGGAGGCCUCCUACGUCAACAUCCCCAGCAUCGCGCUCUGCAACACCGACUCUCCCCUGAGAUACGUGGACAUCGCCAUCCCCUGCAACAACAAGGGUCACCACUCUGUGGGUCUCAUGUGGUGGAUGCUGACCAGAGAGGUUCUGCGCAUGAGGGGAACCAUCUCCAGGGAGCACACCUGGGACGUCAUGCCCGAUCUGUACUUCUACAGAGAUCCAGAGGAGAUCGAGAAGGAGGAGCAGGCCGCGGCUGAGAAGGCCGUCGGGAAGGAGGAGUUCCAGGCUGAGUGGACCGCCCCCGCCGCCGAGUUCGCUCAGGCGGAGGUGGCCGAUUGGUCAGAGGGCGUCGCCGUCCCGUCUGUGCCCAUCCAGCAGUUCCCACCAGCGACCGCUGCUGCCGCCGUGGCCCCCGCCAAGCCAGCAGGAGAGACCUUCGCUGAGGACUGGAGCGCCCAGCCUGCCACCGAGGACUGGUCCGCAGCCCCCACCGCCCAGGCUCCGGAGUGGGGAGGAGCCACCGCUGAUUGGUCCUAGAGUGAUGAUGUCACAUGGCACAAAUAAAAACUGAGGGUUUUUGUACCAACCUGCA